UUUGAAAAUAUGGUAUUAGCCUACAAAAUAGAAAAUGGAUAAGUAAUCUCUGAGCAGCGAGAUUUGGGUCUCUGCAUUUGUCGGACUGUGGAUGUAACAUGCCAAUACCAGAAAAUUUACAGUGAGAAAGUGACAGAAACACUUUAUUUAUUGUGUAAGAGAAUCUUAGACAGAAUAAUUUAUUCUUUUCUGAUAGAAAAGCAGACAAAUUUGAACUUUGAUCUAGAGGGAAUCAAAGCACUUAGGGGCUAAAAAGACACGCAUAGAAAUGGGAUAGAGAGGUUUGGGGUUGACUGAAAUAGCUUGAUGACAAACCAGACAUAUUGCCCACCAAGCAGAUUGCACGGACUCCCUGCACACAUGGGUAGUCAGUGGCUUAGUGAAAUAUAGCAUGGGGGAAGCAGCUUUUUUUAUGUUAUUGGUCCUACUAGGCUACUAUUACUAUUUACAACCAGCCCUGAUAGUAGUCGGGCAUUGAUGGGAAUUUACUGCAACGACCAACAAACCAAGCAAGGUUUUUAGUCGGAAAUCAAAGGAUUUGCAGCAUGAAAGGGACAAUUGAACCUUAGUGCAGCGUGACAGUUGGUUAAAAGGGUGUAAAUAGUGUAGGAACAGUUUGGUGGGUUGCAUACAGGUACCCAGAAACAAAGACUGGGAAAGUUCUGAGGAAUCACUGAAAUCAGGUCUGUAUUUAUGGUGAUAAAUGGUACUUCAGGCAGGCAUUUAUUGUGUUGGGAAUGCUGAGUAUGAUAUACGAUACUGAUGAAGGAAGGAGUUUGUUGUAAGUGACACAUUGGUCAAAGCAAAGAAAGGGUAGCGUACCUGAUAGGGUUAAGGAAGAUUGCAUUAAUAAUCCAUUUAAAAAAGAGUAGAAGCUUGCAGCAGAAAUGGGGCUAACCCAGACCAGAUUAUUGGGUUGCAUUAAUAACCCAUUUGAAAACGAGUAGAAAAUUGCAGUAGAAAUGGGGCUAACCCAUAUCAGAUUAUUGGAUUGCAUUAAUAACCCAUUUUUAAAAGAGUAGAAAAUUGCAGCUGAAAUGGGGCUAACCCAUAGGAGAUUAUUGGGAAGCAACUGAAUGAUGAAAUUUGAUGCAGCAGGGCCAAAGUGGCUCUUAUUUCAAGGACAUCUCAAGGCACCUAAAAAUGUUUUCUCACCUUCCGAUUUAAAUUUUUGGGGGGUUCACCCUGUUGUCAUUUUCUGGAUAUAUAAUCAUGACGAUAUUGCACAGCGAGGUUUGUGGUUGUUAUUGACGUAAGGGUUACACACAUUGGAGAAUACUUCCUGUGGGUACAAUAAAUCGAGGGAGACAUCAUAAGUGGAUUCUGUGAGUGCCCAAAUUGCUCUCUGGGACCCUGUGGCAUCCUCCAAUGGAAGUGUACAGCGUAAAAAAUGUUGACAGAUAACCUACCCACUUAAAUGGCGCUUCCAAGGAAAUAAACCCGUUUUUUCUCUUUUUCUCUUGUAAUCAUUAUUUUGCUUAGAAUGCAAGCUCCACAGCGUGUGGGGGCCUUGGCAUGGAUUUGUUUGGACCCUGUUUGUAAUUACUUCAUUCUUGCUUGGUAUCAAAGGUUGGAUCAGUAGGCACAAAGCAAGGUUCGUAGGUGAAAUCUUCAUCAGCAGGGCUGUUCUUGCAACAGAAUAUAUCAAUGUUGGCGGUCCGAUUUCAACAACCACCUGUGAUUACCACAGCAUGCUGUUGUAUUUUAACAGCGGCUUUAGCUAGUCUGCCAGUCUUCGUUUUCUUGGGUUUUGGUUGUUCAGGAGUGAACUGUGCUUGAAAAUGCAGGCUUUUUGGAAGAGAUAUUGAAGUAGAAAUAUAAAAGAAUCGUCCUGCAUAGGCGGUGUUUUUGUUGUGAGACCAAAUGAGGCUCUGGUUGGUGUGGAUAGUCCUGGAACUGUGGUUUUUUUGGGGUGUUUGGUCUUUGAAUUCUGAUGGGCUUUCCCUUUUGGCAUUCAAAGCUGCGAUGAAUUCAGACCCAAUGCAUGCUUUCAUUGAUUGGAACGAGAACGACGCCAUACCUUGCAAUUGGACAGGAGUGUCUUGCAUGACACUGGUUGGAAGUUCGGAUCCUAGAGUUGUAGGGCUCACUGUUACAGCUAAGGGCUUGGAAGGGUACAUCCCUUCUGAGUUAGGAGCUCUGGAAUUUCUUCGCCGCUUGAAUCUUCAUGGCAAUAGGCUAAACGGUGCAAUACCGAUUCAGUUGUUCAAUGCUUCAGCACUUCAUAGCAUUUUUCUUUAUGAAAAUAAUCUGACAGGACCUAUUCCUGUUGAGGUUACUAGAUUACCCAGAUUGCAGAACUUGGACCUCUCAAGCAAUUCCCUCAGUGGACCUAUCCCUAAAGAUUUCACUAAUUGUAAACAGCUGCAGAGGUUGCUGUUACAGAAUAAUUUCUUCACUGGGCCAAUCCCAGCUGGGCUUGGAUCAAACCUCUAUGAUUUAGAGCAGCUGGAUCUCUCUUCCAAUCGUCUGAACGACUCAAUACCUGAGGACCUUGGUAACCUUUCUUCCUUGGUGGGUACUCUCAAUCUCUCCUAUAACAGGCUUUCAGGUCCAAUUCCUCGAGCACUGGGUAAGUUGCCUCUUACUGUCAGUUUGGACGUAAGGAACAAUAAUCUCACCGGGCCUAUUCCACAAGAUGGAUCUCUUGCAAACCAAGGACCCACUGCGUUUGUUAACAAUCCAGGCCUAUGUGGAUUCCCCUUGAAGACUGUUUGUCAAAAUCCUGUACCUACGUCCCCUUCUCCUGCCAAUCUUCCUUCACCACAGGGGCGUAGCGAUCAACGAGAAACAUCCACAGGAAGAAAAGGGCUCACGACUGGUGUGAUCAUUGCAAUAUCGGUGGGAGAUGCUGUCGGUAUUGCUUUGGUUGGCAUGCUCUUUGUUUAUUUGUAUUGGAAAACUAGAAUAUGCCAAAUCAAAUGGUGCAGCUGUACAGGAAAGAAUAAGUUAGGAGGAGGAGGAGCUUCUCAGUGCUUUUGUGGUAAUAGAGAGUCGUCUGAUACAGCCUCAGAAAAGGGAGACCAAGGAGAUCUUAUUCCAAUUGACAAAGCUUUCAGCUUUGAACUGGAUGAAUUGCUUAGAGCUUCUGCCUAUGUCUUGGGAAAGAGUGGGCUGGGAAUUGUUUAUAAAGUGGUGCUUGGAAGUGGGGUUCCAGUUGCAGUGAGGAGAUUAGGUGAGGGAGGUGCUCAGAGAUUCAAAGAAUUUGAGGCUGAAGUUCAAGCCAUUGGGCGGAUUCGGCAUCCAAAUAUAGUGAAACUUAGAGCAUAUUAUUGGGCAGCCGAUGAGAAGCUGUUGAUCUAUGACUUCAUCCCAAAUGGAAGCCUAGCAACUGCAUUACAUGGUAAAUCGGGCCAUACUGCCACACCUCUGCCAUGGGCAGUUAGGCUUAAAAUAAUCAAAGGAAUAGCACAAGGUCUGGCCCAUCUCCAUGAGUGCAGUCCUCGUAAAUAUGUGCAUGGAGAUAUUAAGCCCACUAAUGUUCUGUUAGAUGGCAAUAUGCAACCACAAAUCUCCGAUUUUGGUUUGGGUCGUCUAAUUAACAUUGCAGGCAGUGGAGUUGCACCUCAGCUACCUGGAGGAAUUCUCGCAGGAGCUCUUCCAUCAGGUAAAACCUCAGUUGCUGCUCGUGGAAGCUCUUUCCCAGGAGGAGUUGUAAGAUCAGCAGCAGAUUGGCCAGCUAGUGGUGGGAGCUCACAUUCCUUCGUGAGCAAUUAUCAAGCCCCAGAGGCCUCCACUGCUGGCCACAAGCCAACACAAAAAUGGGAUGUUUAUUCCUUUGGAGUUGUUCUUCUGGAGGUGCUUACAGGCCGAUCACCAGCUUUCCAACUUGCAUCCUUUGACAUGGAUUUGGUCACUUGGGUUAGAAAGGCAUUCGAAGAGGAGCACCCACUAUCAGAAAUUGUAGAUCCAACUCUCCUGCAAGAAGUAUAUGCCAAGAAAGAAGUACUUGCUGUCUUCCAUAUUGCUCUUGCUUGUGUAGAAAUUGACCCUGAUUUGCGACCCAGGAUGAAGAACGUGUCUGAAUCCCUUGACAGGAUAGGAGCUACAUCAUAAAAUUGAAAAUGUUACCAAAUCAAUCAAUCUUGUCGCCUCUCUCUGAUGUUUUAUGAGAAUUAUUGGUCCCAACUUUUGACUUGCUAUUCUUCUGAGAGUUGUUGCAUUCAAGUGCGGAAUCUAUUAUGUGCUACAUUUUCUCUUAA